AUGAUUCGUGCCAUCGCGAUCCUGAUUGCCCUUGUGCCUGCCGUGGUGUACGGAAACGUUGGCCGAGUGUGCACUGGAGGUCGUCCUCAGGCGGUCGCGAAUAUCAUUGGCUGCACUGCCCCGCCAUGUGAUCUGGUUCGCGGACAGGAUGUCAUCGCGUACAUCGACUUCACCACCGAUCGUGCUGUUCAGAGCAUGACUACGAUUCCGACGGCGACGGCCUUAGGCAUCACCGCUCCCUACCCGCUGCCGGCCGAAUUCGCCCAAACGUGCAACUGGCUCGAGGGUUCCAGCUGCCCGCUGAGCGCCAACGAGGACGUUACCUACCGACUGACCAUCCCGGUGCUGUCGAUCUAUCCGCUCGUCAGUCUGAGCAUCGAGAUCGACAUCGUCGAUCAGGACAAUGAAUCCGUGGCUUGCUUCGUUGUUGAUGCCCAGGUCGUUCCUGCGGGCUUGUAA